CGAAAAUUGCGUAGCAUAACUAUUUCGCGCCAAAUGCUUUCAUUGUGGUUGAAGACGGACAGAUACAGAAUAUCACACGACAAUAUUUGGUAAAAAUGUCUUCGCCAACGUCAACCCCAAAUCGCAAGCGGGGAAGGGAUGGUAACCCUCAAACACCUGGGAGUGAGGACCCUCUCUCUCCUCCAUCUCAGCGGUCCAGGGGGGAUGCUUCUCUGAGUGAUUUGCCACCUCUGCCCACCUCACCAGCAACUGACCAGCAAGACACCCCUCUACUGAGCCCUAACCGCUCAGGACUGAUGAGUGACUGGGAUGCCAGCUCCCCACUCCUGUAUGGCACCCCCAGUUCCCGCGUGGAUGCAACACCCCGUAGUGGCAUUAGGGGAACUCCAGCCCGUGCUCGUACUGACCUGGGAUCUGUCAGGAAGCAGGCCCCACAAGUUGACCUCCAUUCAGAACCUCCCUCUGGUGAUAAUGCAGUUGCAAGCGACCAGGCUGCGGGUCAGAGACUGGUUAUUUGGGGCACGGAUGUCAACGUUGCCAGCUGCAAAGAGAAGUUUCAGAAAUUCCUACAACGAUUUAUUGAUCCCAAUGGCAGAAAUGAUGACAACGCGGGCCUGGACCCCACUCAGCCCCUUUACAAGCAGAUGCUGGAGGAGAUUAGCGUCGUUGGGGAUCCAGUCUUGAAUGUCAACUGUGGCCAUGUGGAGAUCUUUGAUGCCGACCUGUACAGACAACUGAUGUGCUACCCCCAGGAAGUCAUCCCCACAUUUGACAUGGCGGUCAAUGAGCUCUUCUCCCAGCUCUACCCAGACUCCUUCCUGUCAUACCAGAUUCAAGUGCGGCCUUUCAAUAUCAUCAAAACUCGGAACAUGCGCAGCCUCAAUCCUGAAGAUAUCGACCAGCUGAUUACCAUUAGUGGCAUGGUGAUCCGCACCUCUCAGCUGAUCCCAGAGAUGCAGGAGGCCUUCUUCUCUUGCAAAGUGUGCAACUUCAACAUGCGCGUGGAGGUGGACAGGGGUCGCAUCGCAGAGCCCUCCGUGUGCCGCAACUGCAACACCACCCACAGCAUGGCCCUGGUGCACAACCGCUCGGCCUUCUCCGACCGACAGAUGAUUAAGGUGCAGGAGUCCCCUGAAGACAUGCCCACUGGUCAGACGCCUCACACCACUGUGGUUUACGCUCACAAUGACCUGGUAGACAAAGUCCAACCUGGAGACAGAAUCAAUAUCACAGGAAUCUACAGAGCUGCACCGCUGCGUGUGAACCCCAGACAAAGCCAAGUGAAGUCUGUGUACAAGACCCACAUCGACGCCAUUCACUUCCGCAAGACGCACGAGCAGCAGCUGCACGGACAGACGGAUGAAGGAGAUCAGAGGCUGUUCACGGAGGAGCGCGUGCAGUUGCUUCGGGAGCUGGCCAGCAAGUCCGACAUCUAUGAGCGUCUCUCCUCCGCAUUGGCUCCCAGCAUCUAUGAACAUGAGGACAUCAAGAAGGGAAUUCUCCUGCAGCUUUUUGGUGGCACGCGAAAAGACUUCAGCCAGACCGGUCGUGGCAACUUCCGCGCCGAGAUCAACAUCUUGCUUUGCGGAGACCCUGGCACAAGCAAGUCCCAGUUCCUCCAGUAUGUCUACAACCUUGUGCCACGUGGGCAGUAUACCUCGGGCAAGGGCUCCAGUGCCGUGGGUCUGACCGCAUACGUCAUGAAGGAUCCAGAGACGCGUCAGCUGGUACUGCAGACGGGAGCGCUGGUGCUCAGUGACAAUGGCAUCUGCUGCAUUGACGAGUUUGACAAGAUGAGUGACAGCACUCGCUCAGUGCUGCACGAAGUCAUGGAGCAGCAGACACUCUCCAUUGCCAAGGCCGGAAUCAUCUGCCAACUUAAUGCGCGCACAUCCAUCUUGGCGGCAGCCAACCCGGUGGAGUCUCAGUGGAACGCAAAGAAGACAAUUAUUGAAAACAUUCAGCUCCCACAUACACUCUUGUCCAGAUUUGACCUCAUAUUCCUGAUGCUGGACCACCAGGAUGAGGCCUAUGACAGACGCCUAGCCCACCACUUGGUGUCACUGUACUACCAGAGCAGGGAGCAGAUUGAGGAGGAACAAAUGGACAUGUCUGUCCUGAGGGACUACCUUUCCUAUGCACAGUCUCACAUCACUCCCAGGAUGAGUGAAGAGGCGUCCCGGACACUUGUUGAGGCCUAUGUGGACAUGAGGAAGAUUGGGAGUGGGCGGGGCAUGGUGUCUGCUUACCCUCGUCAGCUGGAGUCGCUGAUCCGCCUGGCCGAGGCCCACGCCAAGGUGCGCUUCUCCGAGAAGGUGGAGAACAUCGACGUGGAGGAGGCCAAGAGGCUGCACAGGGAGGCCCUCAAGCAGUCGGCAACAGACCCAAGAACGGGAUUCGUGGACAUAUCCAUCCUCACCACAGGAAUGAGUGCCAGUGCUAGAAGGAUGAAGGAGGAAAUUGCACAGGCCCUCAAGACAAUGAUCCAGACCAAGGGAAGCUAUGGCCCUGCCAUCAAGAAUGACCAGCUGUUUAAUGACAUUCGUGCACAGUCUGAGGCUGUCAUCACCAAGAACUUGUUUGACGAGGCUCUUGAGGCUUUGAAGGAUGAGGGCUUCUUGACAGUGACAGGAAAAACUGUCCGUCUAUUGUAAUAUAUUUCACUUGUCGAACGCUUGCCUUGGAAGUGGGCAGCGUUGUAGCUUAAUCUUGCUUUCUUAAAGGUUAUCUGCUUUGUUAUACGGAGUUUGUUAUGAGUUGAAUGAUGGUUGAAUAAAUAAGUGUUCUGUCCUAUGGAAUGAGUGAUCCUAUGGUGUCAAAAUAAAAAAACAUAUUCAGAAAUA